AUGAAGAAUUUAAAUAUUAUAAGUAAUAAAAUAGUAGAAGAAAGGGUAAGAGAAUAUUGUAGAAAAAUUGAAGAAAAUAAAUUAAAAAAUGUAAAGGCAACAAUAAGAAUUGAUAAAAAUAAAAUAAAUAUUAACAAUCGAAAAAAAUUAUAUACAGAGAAAUUAAGAAAUGAAGAAAUAGAAAGAAAUAAUAAUAUUCUAAAAAAAAAAUUAGAAGGAAUUAAUAGAAGAGAAAAAAAAACAAUAGAACAAAUUAGACAAAUAAGUGUUCAAAAAAUGAACACAAAUAAAAAGAACUUUUUAUUUGAAAAUAUAAAAAGAGCAAAAAUAAAAAAAGAGAAUAAAAAAACAAAUCAUGUGAAUGAUAUAUCUGUCAAAAACUUAAAAAAAAAAAUUGUUUAUAAAGGUUAUAUAGAUGAUAGCAAAAAGAAUUAUAAGUUUUAUACAGAAAUGAAAGUAGAUGAAGGUUCUAAUCUUAGUAUUCUUUCUUUAAAUUUAAAAAAUAAAAAAGUAAAGAAGUUAUUAUAUAACAAGGAAAAACAUCAUGAGUUAUUGAAUAAAUUAAACACUUAUGAAGAAAUCGCAAAGAAUACAACUUUAAAUGAUGAAGAAAGUGUUGAUAAAAUUCAAAGAUUUAUUUUAAACAAAAAAAAAAAUGAAAAAAAGGAAAAUGAGAAACCACUAAGAAUUAAACAUAGGGUAAUGUUAGAAAAUAUUGAAAAGACUUGUGACUUUUAUAUAAAAAAAUAUUUCAAUGAUGAUCUAGAGGAUUCAAACUUUACAAUGGAAACAAAUAAAGUACAAGGCUCCAUUGGAAGCCAAAAUAAUGAUUUAUUAUAUUUAAAAAAAAAAAAAAAUUCAUUUCUUUUAAUGAAAAAUGAAAUAUUGUAUAAAUCAAAAAUCAAUGAAGCUCAAGCUUUACUUAUUUUUCAAAAAAUUAAAGAAAAAUUAAGAAAAAAUCAAUUUUUUUUAAAAUCAAGUGCAAACUUAGGCUCAUUCUGUACUGAAAAUAAUUCAACGAAUUAUAAAAAGGAUCUAACUGGUUCUAAUUUAAUACAAAAUCAUGUAAGUAAAAUUAAAAGGGAAGAUAAAAAAUUGCAGAGAAAUGUCUCAAAAAAUGAAUUAAAAAAAAGGAGUACCCAGACAAGUUAUAAGAAUAAGACUUCAGAAAAAGAGAAAGAAAAUAAUUUAGAUAAAAGCAAUUUUAAUGAAGGUAGAGAAAAAGAUAUAGUAAAUGAAGAAAGAGAAGAUAAGGAUAUUAAAAAUAAAGUAGAAAACAAUUUAGAUAAAGAAAAUUUAGAAAAUGGUAACAUAGAAAUGAAUUUAGAAGAAAAUGAAGUACAAAAUGAAUUAAAUAAAGAAACUUCUAAAAUAAAAUUAAAUUAUGAUACAAUGGAAAAUAAUUUAAAUAAUGAUAUAUUAGAAAUAGACAUAGAUAAAGAUAAAAUAGAAAUAAAAUCAGAUAAAAAUUCACAAAACGGUAAAUUGGAAAAUGAAUUAGAAAAAAGUAACAUUGUAAAUAGUAUAUUAGAAGAUGAAAAUAUGAAGUAUGGAAAAAUAGAAGAUGAUGAGAUAUAUGAUAAUAAAAUAGAGGAAAAUAAGAUAGAAAAUGUUAUAUUAAAGAAUAAUGAAGUAGAAAAUAAUGAAGUAUAUGAUAAUAAAAUAGAGGAAAAUAAGAUAGAAGAUAGUAAAAUAGAAGAUAAUACAGUAGAAAAUAAUAAAGUAAAUGAUGAUAAAGAAGAUAAUAUAGAGGAAUAUAAUAAAGUAAAUGAUGAUAAAUUAGAAGAUAGUAAAUUAGAAGAUAACAAAGUAGAAGAUGAUAAAGUAGAAGAUGAUAAAUUAGAAGAUAGUAAAUUAGAAGAUAGUAAAGUAAAAGAUGACAAAGUAGAAUAUAGUAAAUUAGAAGAUGACAAAGUAGAAUAUAGUAAAUUAGAAGAUAGUAAAGUAGAAGAUGAUAAAGUAAGGGAAGAUAAAGUGGAAAAUGUUGAGGAAAUAAUUCCAGAAAAUGGUUUAGAAAAAAAUAAUUUAGACAAAUAUGUUUCAAAAGAUAACUAA